UCCCUAAUCUCAAUGCAUCAGGCUAGAUCCAAAAGCAAGGGGAAGUCACUGGAUUAGAUCCAGAAGCAGGAGUCGCCGACGAUGGCUACAUCGGCAUCGGGUUCGACAUCUCAAGGCAGGACUAGUUCCCCCUUUCCAGUGAGUUCGAUUCCUAUCGAUGAUCUCCCAUUGAUUGAUUGCCCAGACCAUCCAGAGCGCAAGUUGGUCCUCUUCACGGCGAACACAGAGAAGAACCGUGGAAGAAACUUCUUCCGAUGUAUGAAGAAUGCACGAAGGGCAGAUGCAUAUGAUAGGUUCUUCUGGGAGAAUGAGUACUACACCUACUUGGUGAACAAUGGAUUUCUUCAUGAGUUCCAUAUUGGCGAUGGUGAUGGAGUGACACAUGGCCAUGCAACUAAGGAAGGAAGCCAUGGUGUGAUAUAAGAUGUUGGCAAUUUGCAGAGAAGGGUAGGGCAAAUGGAAACCGAGAUUAUUGAACUGAAGAGGCGUACUAGCGAGAAUAGAAGGCAACCAGCAGGAAAGUUUAUGCUUGUUGUAAUUUGCUUCAAUGUAUUUAUAGUUCUGGUGGCUUUAAUCAUAGCUAUGCUAAAGAAAUGAAUGGGUGAAACUGUAUCUGUUUGCUAGAAUGAAUGAAUCCAUCAUGUACUACAAUUGAAUAGGGUGAAAUGCUGACAAAUUGGAUCACACAGAAUGAAUAUCAGGUUGAAAUGAAUGA